AUGUGGAAUAAACCCAGUGACUGCUUCCGUAGUAUACCGUUUAAUUGUGAAAAUAGCACCAUCGAAGGUUAUAAUUGCCAAGACUGCAAUUUUCAAACAGAUUUGCUUCUUGUUUUCAAACACCACACUGAAACCUAUCACAGUAUCAAGACAGAAACUGAUCAACUUGUAGAACUCAAAAUCCGUAGCUGCAUUUGCGAAAAAUGUAGCUUUGAAACCCAUUUCUCACUGAAAUGGCUCCAACAUUUGGAAAAUUUUCACAUAAAAGGUGACAAAACCAAAAAACUAACGUUUAAAUGUGGCCGACGCGGCUGUAACUUCAAACACAACCACUCAAAGUACGACGAAAUCCACUGGUUUCAAUGUGACCGAUGCCCCUACAAAAGCAAAUACAAAGACAGUUUAAAAAUCCACAUAAACGUGCGACAUUUAGACGAAAAAGAAGUGAAAUGGUACGAAUGCAACAACUGCCCUCACAAAAGCAAAAGCAAGUCGAAUUUAAACGUCCACAUAAAAAGCCGCCAUUUGGAUGACCACCACAUUAAAUGGUUCGAGUGUGACAAGUGCCCGUUCAAAGCUAAACAAAAUUCCAACUUGAAAAUCCACAUAAAUGCGCACCAUUUGGAUGAAGAUAGGAUUAAGUGGUACGAAUGUAAAGAUUGUCCAUACAAAACUAAAUACAAAUCUGCUUUAAAUGUGCACGUAAAGGGGCACCAUUUGGAUGAAAAGGAUGUGAAGUGGUACGAAUGCAAACAUUGUCCGUAUAGAGCUAAGCUGAGGUGUAAUUUGAAUAGGCACGUAAUUUCGCAUCAUUCCGAUGAACAGGAUAUUAAGUGGUUUGAAUGUAGAAAGUGUCCGCACAGGUCCAAAAGACAAGGUGAUUUGAAAGUCCACGUUAUUGCGCAUCAUUCGGAUGAAAGUGAUAUUAAAUGGUACAAAUGUACAAAGUGUCCAUAUAAAGCUAAACAGAAUUCGAAUUUAACACGACACGUGAAGGUGCACCAUUUUAAGAAAAGCCAUAUUUAA